AUGGAAGGAGUAUUAUCAUCAUUAUUAGCAUCAUCAUUAAUUGUUGGAUUUCCAUCAUUAAUAUUUGUAUGUUCAAUAUUAAUUUAUUAUUAUUUAUGUGUUAUGAAAAAGAAAAUUUCAUCAAAAGAUUCAUUACCACCAGUGAUUGGGGUAUAUAUAAUGAGAUGUAUUUAUUCAAUAACUCAAUAUUGGGAGAUGAUAAUACCACAAAUUAAAUUAUACAGAAUUUCCAAUGAUUAUAUUGUUUUUCAAUGUUUAUCUGUGGUUUUCACAUUAAAAGUAAUGGAUUAUUUAAAAGAUGGACCUAAAACCAUUAGAGAAUUAUCACAAUUAACAAAAUCAAGUGAAAAGAAUUUAUUUAGAGUAAUGCGUGCUCUAACUCAAGAACAUAUUUUUAACUAUAAUCAAAGUAAUCAAACAUUUUCAUUAAAUUCAUGUUCAAAACUAUUAACUUCACCACCACCACCAUCAUCAUCUCCAUUUGAACAAAAUGGUAUAUUAUCAACAAAUGAUGAAGAAUUAGGAUGUAUAUUUUCAAUGUUAAGUUAUCCAACAUUUAUUGAUGCAUGGAGAUCAUUAAAAGAAUGCAUUGAAAGUGGUGUUAGUGGUUUUCAAGCAAAGCAUGGUAUGACAUUCUUUCAAUAUAUUGAUGAAAAAGAUACUUAUAUUAAAAAGAUAUUUGAUUCUGCAAUGAGACAAAGAAUUAUGCAACUAAAAUACAUACACAAAUAAUCAAUGGUUAUGAUUUUUCAAAGUAUAAAAAAGUUUGUGAUAUUGGUGGAGGUAUCGGAUUCCUUGGCUUUGAAAUUGUGAAUCACAAUGCCAAUACGUGUGUAUGUGUAUUAGAGUUGGAGGAGACUGUUAGAAAUGGGUUAGAACAAAGUAAAGUAGAUGAAAAGAAGCAACGUAUAAUUGAGGAACAAAGAUUGGUUUUUAAAACUGGUAAUAUGUUUAUACCAAGAUCAAUCCCAUCUGCAAAUCUUUACAUUAUGAUGCAAGUUAUUCAUGAUUGGAAUAACAAUGAUGCAAUUAAAAUUCUAUCAUCUGUUGCAUCAACUAUGAGAAUGGAGAGAAACCACACUGGUCAAUCUCCAAAAUUAUUAAUCAUUGAUUCAAUCCUUGAUGAUAAUAUCAAUAAUGACACCUACAAACGUUCAUGUAUACCUGAUAUCAUAAUGAUGGCAAUUGUAGGUGGUGAAGAAAGAACACUUUCACAAUGGGGUCAUAUAAUUAAAGAAAGUGGUUUACAAGUUUUAACAAUUAAAAAAUUUAAUCGUCCACCAUUUUUAUCAUUAAUUGAAUUAACAAUUCAAUAA